AUGUGAAAAGUUAUGCGGUGGUUUUCUUUGCUUCACAAAUCACUAUACAAAAGAUUUUAAAGUUGGAAUUCAAUUGUUGUUCGUUGGGCAACAAUAGCUGUAGAGUUUAUAGUACGUAUUUUUAAUGUAAGGAAAAUACAGUGGACGAAACGAUCAAAGUUUUAAUUCAUUGCGGACUCAAUCCCGCUAGACUGUGUGUGCGUCCCAGUUACGCAUUGUAAAUUGUAGUUCAAUGAUGAACAACAACGGAUUCAGUACGGGAGAAGAAGAUUCCCGCGGGCCGGCGGAUCAAAUCUGUUGCCUGCUAGACGACGGAGAACGUUGCCGGAAGCAGGCUGGUAACGCUUCGUACAGCAAGCGAAUUCAGAAGACGGUCACGCAACGAAGGCUGAAGCUCAGCAUCGACAGCCAUGCACGACAUAUCUACAUCUGUGACUUUCACAAAGCCCGGAUACAAUGCGCGCGUACGAAAAGGCGCCGCCGUGACUCGGAAGAUGAUAGCAACGAGACCGACACCGAUCUGCCGGAGGUGGAUCUCUACCAGCUGCAGGUGAAUACGCUACGGCGGUACAAACGGUUCUACAAAGUGUCUACACGACCGAGCAGCAACAAAGCGCAGCUAUCGGAGACAAUCAUGAAGCACUUCAAGACGAUUCCGAUUAAGGAGAAAGAAAUUCUCACAUACUUCAUCUACAUGGUGAAAUCGAACUCGAACAAGCUGGACCAAAAGAAUAAUGCCAGUGCAGAAGCUACCUGAAAGUAGUGACCUGUACGGGUGGGAUCCAAUGCGGUUAUGCGGUCUCCUUCAAGACGGCAUCUUUUCCGACAUUGUGGCUUCGUACUCGCACCGUUGUUGCCGCGAUGAGGAGACAAACCGAUCGUUGAACAAAAACUAAAUCAACUUUUGUCAUAUUGUGCCGUGUUUUUAACAUUACAAACAAUUCUUUUUUACGCUUUUACUCUAUCGAUACAAUGUUCAGAUUGUGUAACAUUUCCUUAUCCCUUGUACCCGCGAAACUUGACCACGGUUUCGGUUUUAACGAAAGGCUCGUCUCGUGCAAGUUUCCUGCGUUACGGGAUUCCAUCAAUAAAGUGUAAAUCAAAAAUGAAAAUGAUUUUAGUGUAAUUAUCAAAACAAUGCUUCAAGAUCAUGUAUACAUCCAUGUUUAUCGAUGACAUUGUCCAAUUGUCUUUGAAUUCGAUUUUUCUAUACGAGCAGCUUUAAUCGGUUUUGUU